AUGACCUUCUCCCUCCGCCAAGCCGGUGUAGUAGCCGGUGCAGUCUUCGCCACUGUGGCCCAAGUAAGCGCAGGCUCGUCCCUAACAGUACACACUGAAACGGGAAUUUUCACUGGUCUUCAGAAUAAAGACUUCACUGGAGUACGCGAAUUCCGCAAUAUCCCUUUCGCUCAGCCUCCAGUAGGCUCGCUUCGCUUCCAACCUCCACAACGGCUACCCUCAUCGAAGCAGCACCACUACUCAACACGCUUCCCGCCCUCGUGCCCCCAGUUUGUAUCUAGCGGGGAGAGCUUCUGGAAUCUCUUCGUGCCUUAUCUGCAACCGGUGAAUGGCAACCAAAAUCACUCUACCGGCUUGAGUCUCCAGACUGCUUCUGAAGACUGCUUAAGCCUCGCUAUCUGGACCCCAUACGACGUUCCGGUAGAUGCUAAGCUCCCCGUCGCGUUUUUUAUGACUGGAGGUGGUCUUCAAACCAAUGGAGUGGAUGUUCCAGGUCAGAUCCCAGCGCCCUGGGUGAACCGCUCGCAGGAACAUAUCGUCGUGACUAUCAACUACCGGCUCAAUAUCUUUGGCUUUCCGAAUGCAAGGGCACUUGAUAGCCCUAACCCUGCUAUUCUAGACCAGCGUCUAGCUCUUGAAUGGGUUCAUGAAAAUAUCGCUGCCUUUGGUGGUGAUCCUGAGUCGAUUAUGAUGUGGGGCCAGUCUGCUGGUGCGAUGAGCACUGAUAUUCACAAUUACGCCUUCUGGGAGAACCCGAUUGUACACGGCAGCUUCUCGCAGUCAGGUACAGCUAUGUCCCUUCCGUCGGUUUUUUCAUCCGAUUACUCACACUCAAAUUUUACAACUGUGGCCAAGAAUCUGGGCUGCGACUUUCCGGACGACGCGACGGCAGAGCUCGAGUGUAUGCAGCAGGUUCCAGUGGACCUAAUUGAGAAUUUUAUAGGCCAGUACGACGGUCCUGCAAGCUUGAGUUUCGACCCAAUUCCCGACGAAAUUCUGAUUUUCUCCAACUACUCAGCUCGAGCCGCCGCUGGCAAGAUCUCGCAUCGCCCGGCUAUUUUCUCGACCACUGGGAACGAAUAUGGUUCUCUAUACACCUGGCCUUCUAGCAAUGUCACUGCAGGGCCGUACCAGCCUUUUGUCAAUGCAGGAACUCUCGCUGCAUUUAUUUGCCCUACUGCGAAGACCAGCAUUUUCCGCGAAAGGGCCAACUUGACGACAUAUCGCUAUCAGUACGCGGGAGUGUGGCCUAACCAGAACCCGUACUCCUGGCUAGGGGCGUAUCAUUCCUCGGAUCUGAUGAUGAACUUUGGGACCUAUUUCUAUAACCGGACAAACUCUACUGCGGGGCCAACUGCGAUGGAAAUCAGGACCAGUGAGGCCAUGCAAGAUCAUAUUCUGGCGUUCAUGAAGGAUCCUGAGAACGGUCCUCCCGCUAUUGGGUGGAAUCCGUAUACGUAUGGAGCCAACGUGGUUCGUUUUGGAGCCAAUGGGGUCCCCGUGCAGAAUGUCAGUGGGUAUGCCAUCGACGGGCCCUGCUAUGGUGACGGCAUUUAUAAUCCUUUUCCUUAG